UUCAUGCUACUCAGAAGAGAUAGUGCUUGAGGAUAUUCUUCGUCUCAAAGAAUGCCUCAAAUUUGUUUGGGGCCCUCAAAUCGAGCAGGUCUUGGAUGUAGAAUUCAAUAAAAAGAGUCCAUUCACAAUUACCAUAACCCUUGAUCACCCUGAAGCCAUGAAAGAACUGGACUUUCUGACAAAUACCAAAAAAGUUUUCAAAUGUCACCCAAGGAAAAGAACGAAGGUUUCGGAGAAUGAACCUACAGUUACCUCCACUCAGCUCAUGAAUUGCAUUCAGACACUCAAAACUAGCGAGGAAUUCAAUGAAGUUGGCAAGUGUCCACCUGCAAUGGUUGAAACAUACUGUGAACUUACAAAAGUCGAAUGCUCGAACGCAUCGGUAUUCCUUGCAGGUCGUUAUAACAAGUACUCGCGAACAUUAUCACAAUCACCGUGGAUAGUGAACGGCGAGAGAAUGACAGAACAUUCAGUUGAAGAGCUCGUAGCGGAGGAAAUUAAGAAAGUUUUUUUACCAAACACUUCAAAGUUUUCAUCAGCUGGUCGUGAAGACGUGGAUGUACAAAUGCUAGGCAAUGGUCGGCCUUUCAUCUUGGAGCUGAUCAAUCCACGGAAAGUUGUUCAAACUCUUGAGCAAGUCAAGGAAUUACAGACGAGAGUCAACUCAUCCACUGAAGAUAUACAGAUCAGAGACUUGCAAAUGAUUGGAAGGGAAGAUUGCUCUAAGUUAAAAGAAGGGGAAAACAGUAAAACGAAGACAUAUCGAGCUUUAGUUUAUGUUCCUGAUGGCUUUACUGAAGAGGAAUUAAAACCAUUAAUGAACUUAAAAAAUGUCACACUUGAUCAAAAGACACCGCUCAGAGUCCUACAUCGACGUCCCUUAGCUGUUCGCCAACGUAAAAUUUUGUUCAUGUUUGGAGAAUAUAUUGAUGAUAAACAUUUCACACUUCAGUUAUGUACCGAGGCGGGAACAUAUAUUAAAGAAUUUGUUCACGGGGAUUUUGGCAGAACGCAGCCAAACCUUUGUACAAUUAUGAAGAAAGAAACGGAUAUACUUGAACUGGACGUUGUGUCAGUAGAAGUUGAUUGGCCUCCGAGUAUUGACACAUGAAGGACGCGAGGGGAAAAAGCUGGUUUGCUGGACGAAACAUCGCUCCAGGAAAGGACCUUGGAGCCACGGCUGUUACGAAUGCUGUCGGAGCUUCUCUUGAUCAAAAUACUAAGGAAUGAUUAAAGAAAGAUUUUAAAUCGGUAUGUACGUUGUCGUCAUGGUGAUCAAUAGUGCUGACGAUGGUUGCUCAUCGCGUGAGAUUGUUGGGUGAACCAAAUGAACAUCAUUUUUGGGAGAGACUUUCAAAAAUGAUUUUAGACGCGCAAAAAACGAUGCACGAUGUUUAGGAUACCUUGAAUGGCUAUAAUGAACAUCAUUAUAUUUAUUGGUUAUCCUAAAGAAACAUGCAUUUGAAGAGAAAUUCGGACUUAAAUUUCUCCUGUAUAUUGAGGUUCAAUUAAAUUAUAGUUA